GAGUUUCGAAAUAUUUCAUGAUAAGUUACGGGAUAACACGUAAUAAAAUAGUUUAAUUGUUAUUUUGCAACCCAAUAUUGUGCCCAUUAAAAUAGUUGAUCAUGGAAAAUGUAGUUAAAGUGCUCAGGAGAAUCCUUUAAGCACAACAAGCCCUUUCUGAGGACCAAUCAAGAGUAAUACCUGAUGCUGUCUUUAAAACAUGGAGCUGAAGUUGGAGGUUGUUUUGUCAUCCAGCAUCAAACGAAAGAAACCAUGGCCGCGCUUCUGUUGGCUUGGGAAGGAGAAGGAGUCUGUGUUCCUGUUGGAUGACAAGCGGAUCAGUGAGAUCAACAUGGUGUCUGGUCGCACCAAGAAGAGGACUCCUAAGCUCCAUCCUUUACUCAACAGUGUGGUGACAAUGGCUUCAUCCCACAGUGGUAUGUGGCUUUGUGGACUUUUGGUCUCAGGAGAGCUUUUUCUGUGGAACAGGGAUAAAGACUUGUUGAAGACGGCUGCAGCAGUCCCUGAAGUAGUUCAAAUGAUAACUGCUGUUCAAGGCAAUGCCACACGAUUGUCUCUCCGGGUUUCAGGGGAUGGGGUGCGUGUGCUCCUGGUAUCCAUAACAGGGCAAGUGUUCCUGUGGGAGUGUGUGGAUGUCAGGGAUUUGACGGGAGUACGAGAUGGCACAGUCAGGGGACACUGGGCACAUAUACAGCCCCUAGAAGACUCCAUUCUGCCUUCUUCACAAGACAAGGAAGCAUCUGUACACACCAUCUUCGUCAAAUCAGAGGUUAUAGGUGAUGCCUGCUUAGCAGCUUUUGCUUUCACAUCUGGGAAGAAGCUAAUCCUCACCUGCCUGAAAAUUCAGUGGGAAGAGGCCAACCUGAGAGUAGGUUCUGUGGGAUACAGCAUAAAGUGGGCCACCAAGACAUACCCCAUGUCUCGUCUCACCCCUCCCUGCCACCCAGUGAAGUCCAGAGGGGCGUUGGUGCCAGCCUUCUCCCCAGAUGGCAGCCUGUUAGCCAUUGUCCUGAAUCAGAGACAGCCUAAGGCCACGCAGGUCCUCUUUGUGAACACACAGAAUUUUGUCUCAAUAUCAAGUAGCCUUGGAGGAUGUGGAAGCAAAAAAAUGGAGAUCCCUUCUAAAUACAUAAGGUCCUACUGGGUGGGCAGUGUGAGCUGGUCACCAGGCGGUCUUUUCCUGGCCUGUGUUCUGAAGAGAGGCUCCCUCCUGAUGUUAGCUCGCCUCGGGGGGCUUCUCACUCUAGCAAGCUGCGGUUGCAAUGUGGACUUUGGGCCUGCACACUUCCUACCACUGCACCCUCUCGUCACUUACCGGGCACCAAUGUCUGCAGGGAGGGAGGACGCCUCUCUGUCCAGCUCUAGCCUGUCGGUGCGGGAUGUCCUGAGGCAGCGCUAUUCUGUCACCUGGCAUCCACGGCUGUUGUACCUCAUUGUGUCUGAUGGCUACAUGGCCACAGUUAUGAGGGUGCUAGAUAAGCCUACUCCUGCCCUGUUGCUGAAAACACUUCUGAACGACACAAGCAAGGACCUCGAGAAGGCCAGCCGGGCACUGGAGAAAUCACAGAUUCAUGUGAGGGCAUGGUUGGAGUCUGUAUCUUGUCUGAAUGUUGACAGCAGCCUUCUCACACGUGGGCCCAACACUGCAGACUCUGUGGUUUCUGUAGCAACAGACGGAUCCACUCUGCCACUUUUCCUGCAGGAUCACGGGACAUUAGGUGGUACCACGGAGCUUCUUGAAAGAGUACAGACUUUCUUUGAAGAUGACUCUGAUGUAGAUGGCCCUCCUGCUGGUUCUCACAUGGAGGAUGGCGGCCGUCUGGAGUUUGCCUCAAUGUUUGACACACUCCACGCCCUGGACACACAGACUGGACCUGUUACUAACCCAGAUUUUGAAGAAGACUUUGAAGAAACAGAGAGAAAGACAUCUCUUCUUCAUCGAGAACUUGGGAAAAUCCAGACUAAGCUGUUGACAGCUUGGGCUUUUGGCAUGUCUCUAGGAAACGCUGUGGAAAACAGAACUCGUCUGCUGAAGCACACGCUCUACUGUGUGGUGCGAUUUGCUGCUUUACUCCACCUGACCCCUCGCCCCGUGGGCCACACAGAGACAAAGAAUAAUUCAGUUUGCCUUUUGAACCUUCUCAAAGCUCUUCUAUCUUUUCUUCCCUGGGAUAGCCCUCACUCAGAUGGGCCUUGCUGCCUGGGGCUGGUGGUAGAGCUCAGUAAACGGUUGAUACGCCUCCUGCUGACCCCUCAACCUGAGUCACACCUGACCGGUCACUGUCAGUUAUCAUCUCACGGUCUAUCAUCAGUCCUGCGUAUCCUGGGGCUGGUCUCUGAUUCGCUUGAUCACGCCUACAGCCUAGAGCAAAGAACUGUCUGGUGUUCUGCGGAGAAGGGACCUCUCUCCAAGCUCUGGCCCUCAGAUGUACACUAUGUGCCUCUGUUACAGGAUGACAGGGAAGGGAAAUCUAGCUUUGUACAUCAGGCCCGACCUGUUCCCCAGCGGCCGUCCAGCAGAUUGUUUGGAGUGUGGCAGUGGGUCUACAAGAUCUCCCAGCAGUAUACAGAAGAACUAAAGAGCUGGGAUGGCUCGGAGGAGGAACAGCAACGGUUGUCUGUCAUCAUGUCCCGGAUCCAAACAGCUCUGCAGGCAACAGGAGAGAGGCUAGAGGAGGGUCCUGCACUGCUGAGUUACACAGGCGAACAUCUUUUCCUGUGUGGCUCGUACCCAAAAAGUGCCGAAACGUUGCGGUUUCAAAUUUGUGAGCAGAGUAACAAAAGUUGUGAUCGUAGCGUCUUCAAGGAGACCCGGCUUUGUCUGGCACUCCUGUACAGUCUCUUAUCCCAGUACCAUCUGAGAGAAGCUCAGGAGUUGGGAGACCACAUGGCCCGUCUGAUCCUGAACAGGACCGGACACCAGAGGGACAACGUGACCUUUGAAACAGACUCUCUCCCUUGCCCAUGGCUGCCUGCAGACCUUCACAGUGACGCAGCUUGUGCUGUGGUUCAGACCCUGGGGAGAUUCAUGGCUUCUUAUUUCACAAACCAACCCCUCUGCAUCCUGCCUCCUCACCAUGUGGCCGUUCUGCCUCCACUUCAUCUACCUCAUGCCCCUGGUGUGGAGCGCUUGGUGCCACUGUGCCAUGGAGAGGUGUCGAGAGCAGUGCGUCAGCAGCAUCUGUCAGAGGUGUGGACAGUAGACUACGCCCAGGACCUGCUGCUGCUCGGGGGUCUGCUUCCUGAGACCGUGUGGUUAGCUUAUCAUCUUGGGGACUGGAAGGCAGCGGCCUCUCUGAGCCUGGCCUAUACCAAUUACUGCACCGGCCACUUUGACUUCACCCGGCUCAGGAGGAGAGAGCUGCACCUCCCAGCCGCUUUAGAACCAGAAAGCAUUUUUCAGGUUGAGUUGGAGUGUCUUCUACGCAUGUCUGACUCCCAAGGGUCCACGGAUAGAUAUGGUGACAAGAGCUUCACAGACCCCUCUGAAGGAGAAGACUGGGACUUAUUACAGGUUUCCAUCCAGGAGAUUCUGAAGGCUUCAGUCAUGGCUGGAGUGAAUGUGUUGUCUUCCCCCUUGUCUUCCCUGCUGGAGACAGCCAAAGAGCUGUGUUCCUGCCUGCCAAUGUUGGUGCCAAGUGGACUGUAUCUGCCUUCCCCCCCACUCUAUUGCCCUCAGCCUUCCCCCAACACACAGGACCCAGUUGGGACAAUAGGGCAGUUUGCAGAAGUUGCAUCCCGUCACAAAGUGUCUGGAGUUCUCCAAAGAUUACUGUUACUUCUGAGAUCUGCUCGUUGUUGUCAUCCUGCUGCCCAGUGGUACAUGAGAGAUCUGCGCCGUGCCAGACAUGUACUACACAAGAUCAAGAAGAAGUACGCCUAUCCAUCAGCUAAGGAAGAAGAAAAGGCUUUUCCAGAAGGCCUGAUGAAGUUUGUCACCCGAAGUGGAUUCUUCAAACGGGGGCCUAACAAAGAUGGUCAUCUGGACCCCGACACUAUUCAAACUAUUAUCUGUUUCAGGGAGCUGUGUGGUUUGUGCUGGAUGCUUCAUGUCAGGGACCAGCUCUCCAUUUCCUGCAGGAAGUAUCAGGCCGCCAGACAGCAGGGUAGAGAUGAGCAGACCCCUGGCGAUUCAGACGUGAGAUCGACCUGCAUCGAUGCUCUGCGCUGGGCCGGUCGCUUCCUGCCUUUCUCCUGCUUCCUCAACGCUGAGGAGAUCCUCCAGGACCUUCUGCUCAGCCUUGUGUCUGAACUUCCUCCUCUUUCCCUGGUGGCAGACACUUUGGUGCGCGCUUUCCCAGAGGAGGAAGAGUCUGUGAGAGUGGCUCUGAGAGAAAAGUAUAACUCCCAGCUGCAGAGACUGAGGCGAUGCAAUGUCCUUGAUGGGGAACAAGCGGAGGAGAACGAGUUGAUGAUGAUCGUGAUUCAAGACAAAUCCAGGCUGAGGAGAAAACAUCUGGGGCGUUUGAGGAGGCACCUGGCACCACCUGAGCUCCACCUGUGGGAGAAGGAGGAGGAGGUGGAGGACAGGGGAAGCAAACAUGGGAUGGCCGUGUUGAGGCAACUGUCUCUGGGUACCAGUCUGAGCACCAGCACUCUAACUGACUGUGGGUUCCCUCCAGUGUGCAGCGAUGGAGACACAGUGGAUACGUCUGAAGCUAUCUCUCCUGAGUUAAGGGGCAAAAAAGCCAAGAAGGUAAAAGGCAGAAAACAUGCAAAGAAGACAGCUGUUCAAAUCGAAAGUGUCAUUCGCGAGGAGGGUCAGCCGGGCGUUGCCACGGAGAACGAGCGGCCCCCUCUGCCAGUGGUCGGCACCUGGGAGUUUGAGCUUGAAGAUGACGAGUACCUUAAUUUCCUGGAGCUCUUCCUCAGCUACGUGCUAGAGAAGGAUGAUGGGGACUCAGCCGGUGAACUUCCUUUGUUAAAAGGCUUCUCCUCCCAGCUGCGGGAGAGAGAGUUGCAUUCCCUCUCAUUCGAUGUGCUCACAACUAUUCACCGCCGUCAAAGAGAUGUGCACCAUGCAGCGCGGAAACACCUGGGCAAUGACCCUCCUGUGUUCAGAGCUGGCAGCUGCUACAAGCCUGCGAGACAAAGUGCAACACCGGAGCCCUCCGUCUGGAGUGAAGCUCCCGCAUCCAGAGCUUCUGUCUGCUCUCCUCCCAGGCAGAAAGGUUUGUUUGGCCUCAGAAGGCAGGGUACUGUAGGCCAGAGGAUGAAGGGAGGGCUCUUUGGUUCUGAAACCAGCCCUGUGCGAAGUGUAUUCCCCCCGGAGCAGCCUUCACAGAGCUCCAUAUUUGGCUCAUCAACCUUCGCGGAGACUGUCAUUGAACUGCAGCAGGGCCUCGGUCCUAAACUGGAAGCCCAGUUUCCAGAGCUGGGCCGGCUGCUGGAGUGGAUGGUACGCUGGGCUGAUAGGAGGGUGCUUCUGGGACAUCAUGGCAAAAAGAAGAAAGACAGGGGAGGAGCGGAUGGAGGCACAGCGGAUGAAGGAGUAGUGAUGCGAGUCAAAGCCUCUGCGGCCGCUGUCCUCACGUCACUCAACCUGCUGGAGCUCAGAUACAACGCUCUACUCGGGACUGACCGCUACAGUGCACACAUCAAAGUUCCAGAGACACGAUGGACCGUUUCCCCUGCGCUGCACCCUGAGGGGCAGCACAGGAAUCUGGAGAGAGAGAGCAGUGUUGAUACGGGCUACCCGGGAUCUGCCCACACUCCCAUCAUUGGUCUUGAUCACAAUAUACAGCACGGAGAAAUGUCCAUUGGUUCUCGCACAGACGACCUGACUUUCCCUAAUGACCACAAUCAACAAACCUUUGAUGCUCAGCAGAUACAAUCAAGUUCACAACAACUGUUUCUUGAUGACUUAGAGGUUACAUCUGAAAAAGAGGACAAAAGCAAAAGUGACAGUGAGGGCUUGGCUGUGUCGUCCUCUGUUUCCAAUCAAAGCAUCUCCGGACACAUCUGCACACCUGAAACGAGUUUAAAGCUUGCUGACUUGGACCUCCCAGAAAAUGCUGAGGACGUGUCCAGCUCUGCAUCUCUCCCUAGUCAAGCUAUAAGCCUGGAAGCCCCCCCACACGAAGAGCCCCAAGCUGUUCCUACUGUGCAGCCUGAGGCAGUGGCCGAUGCACAGCCUUCAGGCUCGACUGGAGUGCUGCUCCCCAACACACCUGUGGAUCCUCCAAGCCUUCAACCUCAAAGCUCCACAGCUGGUGCACCCCCUGCAGAGCCCACCGCCCCCGAUCAGCCAUUAUUCAAUCAGAUUUCACCAAUGCGACAGCGUCUGGGGGAAGAUUUAUUCAGACUGGUUCAGCAUAUUCACUACAUGAGCCUAACGGAGGUUUUGGGUGUUACGUUUUCUAACCUCCAACUUGCCCAGCAGAGCUCUUCUUUGGCCCAGUCUAACAUGAACUCCUCACACCCUAAUGUGCCACCAUCUUAUGCCACCAAUGCCAUCCUUCAACCGAAUGCCUUACCCCUUCAAACCCCCAUUUCAGUGCCACCUCAGACCCAGCCACAUGUGCCAAGUUCAGGAUCCAACAGCCUUCAGUUCAGUCAGGCUCCUGCAUGUAUUCUUGCAGAACAGCCUGCCAUACAGAGCUCAGGGAAAACCUCCCACGCAGGAGGCCAGAAUCACAUCAACGGGAAUCUACCAUCUGCUGCUAAUGGUGCAGGUGUAAGCUAUCAGGAAAUGCAGCCACUCUCUGUGCAGGCGGCGUCACCAGAAAUCCAGUUUGGGGAAAGCAGGAGGUUAAUCCCGACCUCACAGGGGCUUCUAGCCACUACUGACACAAGUCAUGCUAUUCCCAUUGCACCUGUGUUGCCACCUAGCAUUCAAAGUGAUCCUGCGCCACAUUUCCUUGGCUUGAAGUUGCUCCAGCUCCACCCCCCUUCAUUGCCCCAACAGAAUGCCCCUCACCAACACCCUGCAACCCAUAAACCUGAAGAAUAUAACCAAUCCACCUCAGCUCCAAAAAGACACCUCGGCUUUAAUCCUCCACAUGAUCCAAGUCACAGGAGCUCUCAACCGAUGAGAGAGACAUCAGAGAGGGUAAGGGAAGGGUUCCCUCUACUUCCUCCGGCGUUACCAGCUCACGCACCUGCUCCGAUGCAGGGCCUUCGUCUGCUGCGCGUUCAGCCUUCUCCACAAAACAACACUACGUUCCCCAAACUCCCCAUACCCUCUUACUCCAGGCCUGUGUCUGUUAUGGUAGCUCAUAUGGGACAAGCACCUAUGAUCAAGCUCCUGCACAUAGAUUCUGGACCACAAAGGAUGUUUCACGAGGCAGCCCCUUCAGCCCCAACGAUCCGUCUCAUGUCCAUGGAGGAGUUGACCAGUUUGUCGUUCGGGAGGCAGACUCCUGCAGAAGCUCGACUGCGGCUGCUCAGAGUGGAACAACCGAUAGAAAGAAGGGCGACCACUUCUCCUUACUCUAGCUCCAGCAAGAGGGAUAAAAGGAGAGAGGAGAAGGCGGGGAUGGCAAGACAAGCAGAGGUCACAUUCAGACCAGAAGAGUCUAUCAUCCCUACACUAGAGCCAACAAAGGAGCCUGUACGGGAAGAGCCUCAAGCUGCAGAAGACAUCACAACCGGGCAGGAUGUUGCCAAUUUUGCUCAAUUUGGGUCCUUUGAUACUCUGCUGACAGGUCGAAGAUUAUUGGACAGGGCCGAAUCCACUUCAGCCGAGCUCCAUGCUUUUGCUUCCACGUGUAAAAAUCCCCCAGAGUGCCAUGAUGCGUUCACAAACACAGAUCCAGAUUGUCCUCCUGCACUUGUGGAUAAAUCGGUAUCUGUGACUGCUGGUAGCCCUAAACCACAAACUUCAGGGAAUCAGAAGUUUGGCAAAAAGCACUUUUCUCAAGAAACAGAGGAGACCCCGCAGGAGCCAGAGAGGAAUCUGGGCACAGAUGGCCGCCAGUUUAUAAGUGUCUUGGAUCUAGAAGACGGAGCCAUGCAUCAGGACCUGCCUCCCUGUCUCAGCCUGGGACACGAUGUUCCUUCGGUCCGUCCUCCUUCACCUACUUCAGCUGAUCUUCAUGUACUUGCAACUUCUGUUUUAAGGAGUGGUGCUGCUGCUGAUCCACAACCCUUAUACACACUUCCAGAGGAUUUCAACUGGAGAUCUCACACAGGUAUCCCUGAGGAGUCUCUGUCACUCGGCCGCAUUGAGCCCAGUAGGGAUCCAGAGAGAUUCUCUCCACAACACAUGGUGGAUCAGCCUGACUCUGAAAUCUGUCGAGCUCUAAGGACCCAGAGUGUUGGCCCUCACAGUGCCUCGCCCCCCCCUCCUGCAGUCCAGUUCUCCUCCCGCCUGUCGGAGCUGGAUGCCCAGCUGGCUGCUCUACAGAACAUCGCAGACUGUCUGGAGAAGGACUUUUCAAACUCCAGGAUGCUGGUGAACACCAUUGAACAUCUUGCUCCUGAUGUGAAGACUACCACGGCAGUUAAAAAAACUGUCCGACUGGCUGUCCCACGGGAAGCAUGGUUACCACGACUGGACACUUUAAUUGAACCAAAUGCAAGUGAAGAGGAGGAAGAAAGUGUGCUUCAUAAUGACUCCUGGGCUCCUUCCAACCUUCACACUUCUCCAAAAAUGAGAGAUCAGCUGACUGACGUGUCCGGAAUAUCUUCUCUAUUGGCCGACGAGGAUCUGGGUCAGACCGGGUUAUCCGAUACAGCAGAAAUGUUAGACGAGUUGGUGAGGGAGGGGUAUUUAUCCCCGUCUGACCUGGACUGGUCCCAUUCAGAGUAUGCACUCCACAGCAGCAGGCUGGACCAGCAGCAAAGUAGCUGGAUGUCGCAGAAACGUGUCCUUCCGGAGGACGAGAGGAGAGAGCUGCGGAUCUGGAUGAGGAGGAAACAGAGGGAAAACCUGGCUGUUUAUCAAAAACAAAGAGAGAGCCUGAGGGAGAGGGAGCACAAACCUUUUCCUAAAUCAAGAGCACUGGAAUCAACAAAGAAGAAUCAAGUGACAAAUUGGAGAACCAGAGAGGAAAAAGAAAAGUUUGAGCUUCUGAAGCGAUUCAAUCAAAGGGCCCGUGAAGCCUGUUCUCUGGCCAUUGACAUUCCCAGCAGCACUGUAACCCUACGCACUGCUUCUCAGACUGGAGGAUUACCAGUGCUUUUCAGUACAAGACCCAACUCUGCUCCAGCCCCUGGUAGCACUCACAGGGCUCACAGUGUGUCUGCUAAUGAUAAAGUAAGUCUUAAGUCAGGUCAAUCCCAACCCCCGCUUCGUCCAUGGACUGCUGAGAAUCAGGAACGAUAUUCAGAGGAUUACCACAGGAGACUAGGACUACAUAGACCAGUCACUUCUCUGCCAAAGGACCGUCUGUCUCAGCUGACCAGGCGGGGCAUGCUCACACACACAAAGAGCAACACUAAACUGCCUACAGUCAGCCAGAGUGAGGAGCGGCCUGUCAGACAACAGAGGAAGACGGGGCCAAACGAAGGUCCUUCAAGAGGGGCUGCUGUAGGCAGAGGGAUCCUGAGGGAGCAGACGAGGAGGGAAGAGGAGAACGUUAGGGGACCAACUUCCCAAACCAAUAGACUGCUAGAAAGCGAAGAGUCGGACAUGGUUUUGGCUGGACCGGUGGAUGAGCAGGAGAAUGGUGCGACAGCUGGUGAUUUUGCGAUGGACUGGCUGGACAACCUUUCUGAGAGCGCCGGCAGCACCCUCAGUAAAAUAGACUGGGCAGCUAUCGAGAGGAUGGUGGCUGCAGAGAACGCUUGAGCUCGAGGGUCUCAUGGAAAGGAGAAACAAACCACAAGGACACUUCAAUUGAUACUAUAUUACUGUACACACACUUCAAGAUUGUAUUUUCCUAUUGAAUAUACUGCAAUUCCUUUUAUAGCAUGACAAUUACAAUGUAUAUAUGUUUAUUAAAUUAGAUAUGAUCAGCAGUGAUAAUAAAUCAGUCAAAAAAUAUGUAUUUUAUUGAUAAAGUAUAAAAAACAUAUUAUUUGCAAUAGAAUAUUUGUUGCACUGUCAUUUGAAUAGUUGUCUUCUUUAAGUUGUAUGUUUGUGCUUUUUUUGUGUAUGUUUUUCUACAUUUAUAAUUUAUUUGUAUACAGACUUGACAAUUAAAUAUCUGGCUUCAAGCAUUUUAAGAGAUUUCCUGUCAUUUGUAUUGUUGUAAUUCUUGUCUGUGCCCUAAAGAGAGAGAGAGAGAGAGAGAGAUAUAUUUGGGUAGGUAUAGAGCCUAUAUUGAAUAUUGCCUUUUCUUAAGAGAUAUUGUGCAUUGGGGAAAUAGUGAUUUAUUGUGACAGUUUUCUAAUAAAAGUUCUUUAAAUAGCUCAUGUUAUCUCACAACUGCAAAGUUGUAUUAAUAGACACUUGCCCGAGGCUAAAGAGUCAAUCAGAAGAAAUGUUGUGGAAUGUUUCCUCCUCAUACUAAAUAAAGUAUUUGGGCACACAGA